CCCCGCCUCCGGAAGCAGCCACGCGCCACCUGCCUGCGACAUGGACUCACUCGACGACCUCCUGCACAAGCUGUCCGAGCUGGAGCAGCGCGUGCUGGAGGCAGAGGCCCGCGCCGAGGAGGCCGAGGACAAGGUGCGGAUGAUGGAGCAGCAGCUGGCACAGGCGGACUGGGCGCCCGGAGAAGCUGAGGAGCAUGCACAGGCCGGCAGCGGACGCAAGGACACUGCCAUCACCAAGCUGGAGACCCAGGUCGAGGAGCAGAGGCAGCUACGUCUUCAGGACGCGAAGCAAGUCGAAGCAAAGGCAGCCAAAAUUAAGGAGUGGGUCACCAACAAGCUGCGCGAGCUGGAGGAGCAGAACCAGCACCUGCGCGAGCAGAACCAGAAGUGCAACGCGCAGCUGGAGCUGCUGAGGAACCACCUGGCCCAGAGCGCGCUGGGCCUCGGCCUCUCCAGGGACCACCGCUCCAGCACCGCCGGUUCCUCGUCCAGAGCCAGCCUCAGCCUGGAAGUGACGACGGCGAGCGACGACUCGCUGGGCAUCGCGCCGCUGGACCUGCCCACGCGGCCGCUCUCCACUGUUUCGUCUUCUCUCAGGCACUGCUCGGACGGCGCCCUGCUGGACAGCCAGGAGCCGCUCUACGCCGAGGUGGAGCGCCGUGCUCAGCCCGCCGCCAGCGCCGCCGCCAAGUUCUCCGGUUCGGACGUGCACAUGCUCGACGAGGAGUUGCAAGCGGCGGUGGAGGGUCUGGCCCUGCUGCCGUCAGUCUCGCCGCUGUGUGACACCGGAACCGGCACUACCGACGAGGCAGUCCACGACUACGCUGAAAUCUACACCCCGAGCAGGGAGCGCGCGCCCUGGCUCGACGACGGACAGGGCCGGCGCGAUGUCUCACAAGGGGGCAGUACGAGCAGCACAACGAGUGGCUCGACGGACGCAUGUCGACCGCCGACGCCUCCACUGCACCGCUUCCCCUCGUGGGAGUCGCGCAUCUACCAGGUGGCAGCUGGCGGCCUGCAGGCAGAUGGCACCACAGGCCACACCAGUGCGGGGCACCAGCCGGCUGGUGGCUACUGCGACAUCUCGGUGCCUGUCUACGCCACCGUCAAAGGGCGUGCCAGCCAAAUUCGAUCGGUGCCGUUUACUGGCGACUCGUCGGACGAUUCAUCAGACGGUGAGGGUGGUGACGGUGCAGGACACAGCACGCGGGCAACCAACAGCAGCAGUGGUGACACGGACACAUCGCUGUCCAGCCCCUCCAAAAGUCUCAAGACGACGUCCAGCCUUUCGCCGGCAAAGCGCUCCUCCUCCGGCUCCCCGUCCAAGAGCAUGAAGAGAGCUGAAGUGCACUCGACCGAGCUCGCCAUGCCGACAGACACGUCGUUUGAGUCCGGCAUGUCAGACGACUACGCGAUACCACCCGAUGCCAUGUCGGGCGACUCUUCUGCCGACUCGUCACUGGCUGGCCUGCUGCACCACCACCACCAUCACCACCACCACCGGUCGUCGACGGCAUGUACGGAUGGCGGGGCGGUGCCCGCGGCCAAUGCUACUGCCCCCAGACCUCCCGGGACGGUGCCAGCCACGGGGACAAGGACAGAAUCUUCCCUUGAGAAGUGCGGACACCUUGCAAAGCUGGGUGGCAAGCUGAAGACCUGGCGAAAGCGCUGGUUCCUGCUGAGGAAUGGUGUCCUCACUUACUGGAAGUCACAGAAUGAUGUCAACAGGAAACCACAGGGUCAGAUUGUCCUCGACGAAGUGUGCCGAAUCACCAGGGCCGAAGGUGCGGCCACAUUCGAGAUUUCCACCGGGAAAAAGACGUACUACCUCACGGCCGACUCCAUCGCCACCAUGGAGGAUUGGAUCCGAGUUCUACAGAAUGUGCAGCGCCGCAAUGCUACAAAGCUGCUCCUGGGCCGGGAAGACCAGAAGCCAACGGUGCAGGGCUGGCUGACCAAAGUGAAGAAUGGACACGCCAAGCGCUGCUGGUGUGUCCUCAUCGGUAAAAUGUUCCUCUACUUCAAGUCACCCGGUGACACUAAUCCGAUGGGGCAGAUCAACAUGCGUGAUGCCCGUGUCGAGGAGGUGGACCACGUGUCAGACUCCGACAGUGAGGAUCGCGACCCCGACGGGCAGCCGGGCCCGUCCGACCUCACUGUUGGGAUUUUCCCGUCGCACCAGGGACCGACGUACCUGCUCGUGCCCAGCAAGCAAGAGAAGGACCAGUGGAUGUACCACCUGACUGUGGUGUCUGGCGGGGGCCCGAGCGCCGGCACGCAGUACGAACAGCUCGUCCAGAAGCUGAUGGAGACUGACGGGGACCCCAACUGCGUGCUGUGGAGGCACCCGCACUUGCUGCACAGCAAAGAGUGCAUUGCCUCACCACUGACCACGCUGUCAUCCGAGACGAUACAGGCUGAGGCCAUCAAGCUGUUCAAGUCGUGCCAGCUGUUCAUCUCGGUGGCGCUGGACAGUGCGGGUAUCGACUACCACGUGGUGCUGGCCCAGAAUGCUCUCCAGCAGUGCCUCGACAUGCCGGAGCUCCAGUCAGAGCUGAUUUGUGCACUCGUCAAGCAGACGUCACGCCACACGCACCACCGCCUGGGGGUCCAGGUAAACAGGGCCGCCAACAAGCUUAAGCACUCGCGCUUGCUGCUGUGUGCGACGCAGUCGCUGUUUGCCUGCGACACCUCCUCCUCAUCCGGGGGGAGUGGUGCCGGGGGCAGCGGCAGUGGGGCGGGAGCGGGCGGCACAGGUGGUGGGCGCGGUGGUGGCUCCCCCACGUCGCUGCAGGCCACGCCACCACCCGCACCUGUCCUGCUCGACUGCAAGACGAACCCGCCCACGUUUGUGUUCGUGCAGGGCUGGCAGCUGCUCGCACUCGCCGUCUCGCUCUUCGUGCCACGCAACAACCGCCUUUUGUGGUUCCUCAAGUGCCACCUGCACCGCAGUUCUGACACAAAGACAGAAUGCGGCAAGUACGCUGCCUACUGCCAACGUGCCCUCGAGAGGACGCUGCAGAAUGGGGGCCGUGAAGCGAAGCCAUCUCGCAUGGAAGUGCUGUCCAUCCUGCUCAAGAACCCCUACCACCACUCGCUACCCCACGCCAUCCCUGUGCACAUGCUCAAUGGCACGUACCAGGUCGUAAGUUUUGACGGCUCAACUACGAUUGAAGAAUUUGUCGGUACGUUAAACCAGGAGAUCGGAUGUCGAGAUGUCGCACAUUCUGGAUUCACACUCUUCAGUGAUGACCCCAUUGAAAAAGAUCUGGAGCAUUAUGUGGACUUGCAAGCCAAGCUGUGUGACGUUAUCUCCAAAUGGGAGACGGCCCUGCGGGAGAAAGGGUCAGGCAAGUUCGAGAACACGCGGGUGAUCCGGCUGACUUACAAGAACCGGCUGUACUGGCGCUCGCAGGCACGCACUGAGACAGAGAAGGAGCGGCUGCUGUUGUGCUACCAGGUGAACCUGCAGGCCGUGCAGGGCCGCUUCCCCCUCAGCCGCGAGCUCGCCCUCGAGCUGGCUGCCCUCAUGGCACAGAUUGACUACGGCGAGUACAACUCUGACAAGACGCGGGGCAGCGGGGGCGUCGGGGGUGCUGGCGGUGGGAACCUGCAGCAGGUGGUGUCACAGGCACUCGACCGCUUCUACCCGUACCGCUACCGCGAUGGCCUGUCCCCCGAUGAGCUCAAGGAGCUGCAAGACGUGCUGGCGGAGAAGUGGUCGUCACUGCGUGGACGCACGGUGCUCGACUGCGUGCGGAUCUACCUGACGUGCACUCGCAAGUGGUCGCUGUUCGGGGCGUCGCUGUUCCAGGCGCGACUGCGCGCACCUGUGCCGCUGCCCCCAGAGUCCACGACUGCCGCCAUGCCAGAAGUGGGUGCUCCCCUGUGGAUAGCUGCGGCCGAGGACGGUGUAUCGCUGCUCGAGCUGAGCACAAUGUCACCCCUCGUCAAGUACCCAUAUGCUCAGGUUGUCACGUUUGGAGGCUGCCAGGACGACUUCAUGCUUGUCGUCGGCUCUGACGAAUCUGGAGGGGGAGCUUCUCAAAAGAUGCUUUUUGCUCUUAGCAAACCAAAGAUCCUGGAGCUGACACUGCUGAUCGCUGACUACAUGAAUGCCAUGGGUCACACGCUGCCUGGCACGCCUCAGAUGGGGACACUCACCCGCAAUGGCUCCCACCGCUCCGUCCGCGGCCGUGGAGCCACGCAGCAGCAGUCUCAGGCAGCUCCACCGGCUCCCGGCGGAACAGGCGGGGCGACGGUGUCGACGCUGCAGUCGCAGGUGACGACGUCGACAGGGGCCGGCAGCAGCACCGGAGGGCACGGCUCCGCAUCCGGAUCGGGUCCGCAGCCAGACAUUCUCAAGUCAACGCCCGACCACCAGCAGACGCCAGAGAGACUGCACAGGACCGACUCCAAGAAGCGGGCGCACCUCGACAGCGGCGUCGCGUGACAGUAGGCGCUGCCAGCGCCGCAACUCCACAGUUCCCCCUCUGAGGAGUGUGUACCACACGUGUGGAAACAGUAGACACACCGAGUCGUCUGCCACUUCUUCGAGUAGUGUUAAAGUAGUUUUGGACUCGGAACUGGGAGAGAGAUCUGUGCCGGAGCUGAAAUCAAGACAGUGUUAGUCGGACUGACAAAUGCAUUAGUAGAGAGGACUUUGUAAAUAGGUUAGCAAACAGAAUUGCAGCAACAGCUCUGCUUUUUUGUAUAGCAACAGAUAGCUUUUAUCUGAAUUAUUGCUUUUUUACGAGUUAUUGUGCAAGUCAUACUAAAGAUCGGUAGCUUAGGUUGUAAUCUGUAGCAAAAGUGAUGCUGAAAAGGAGUGAAAAAAAUUUAAAAUUGUGCAUAAAAGGUGUAUUUGUAAUCAGCGAGAAUGUGUAAUUUGGAGAGUAGUGGGGGGCUAUAAACUUUUGAAUCGUUACGUGAGGCCUGUAGCAGCUUGUGCCCUUUAGGAAUAACACAGUUUGUCAGCCAGAUUUGAGUUAAUAUUAAUUUAUGGUAUCUUAAUGUGUCAACUUUAAACCCCACAAUGGGAACUCAUUCUAAUAAGUUCUAGCAGAAGACAAAUAUCUUGAAAUAAACAUUUUGUUCAGAAAGUACUGAACUUUUUUGUGAUUUGUCUUGUAGUCUCUUCAAACAGAUGCAAUAGCCAUGCUCAAAGAUAACACUACAGAAACUUGCAGACCUGUGUUGUGCUGCACCCCCAAAUACCUCUUGAGGUGAUACAGUGUAUGUCCAGUUAAAUUUCAAAAAGCUUCUCUACUCCUAUAUUAGCAGAUUUGCCCAAUAUUUGUGGACAUAAUCUUUUGUCACGUAGAAUAAUAUUAUGAUAAAUUACUUACAAAGUGUCAACACCACUUAAGAAUGGCAUGGGGACAUUGAGGAGGGGGGGGGGGGGGGGUUUAAUUCAUCUGGCAUCAAGAUAUUUUUUUCUAAGUUUUGCUUUGAUUAAGUUUAGAUCUUCCGUAACUUUCAGUGCAGUUUUAGUCCCCUUUAUCAGCAGUUGAACAUCAAGAAGCUUCCAUUCUUCAUUUCUAUGUGAGCAGUAUUUGUGUACAUUACCUCUUUUGGUAGAAUAUUAAUGUGAUAAAUUUCUUACAUAGUGCUAAUAAAACUUCGGAAUUGUGUGUUUUAAGAUAUUUGUCAUCUGAGUAAUAGAUUGACAUACUAACUUUUUACUUUCUAUGAUUUGUUCUGUAGGUACUGUUAGUGAGACUGCUUCUCCAAAUCCAUGGUUUAUGAUGGCAACAAAAGAAACCAGGGAACAUCAUUAUGUCUCCACUUCAGUUAAAAUUAAGAGUUAUGAUUAGUGAUAAAGUAUUUUGUUAUUUGUAAGUUUGUAUGAAUCUAUGAAUUUAUAACAUUUAUACAUGAAAAAGAAGGAUGUCAUUUUGUUAUUUCUCAAUUUUUAGGAAAUGUGUGUUCCAUUAGGUAAAGUAUAGGCUCAUCUGCCAGGUGUUUUUGAUAUCUUUUAAUGCAAAAUAUGGUGUUAACAAUAAAAAUGGAAAAAUUGUGUCAUUAACUAAUAGAAAUAUACAACAUAGAAGACCAAACUUUUAACUUUUGAAAUGAAUGAAUCCUUUCUGAGGACAUGAAGAAAUUAUUAGAGAGAGACAGGGGCAGAUAUACAGAGAGAGAGAGAGAGAGAGAGAGGGAGAGAGAGAAGGGGGGGGAGGGGAGAGAAAGAGAGAGAGAGAGAGAGAGAGAGAGAGGAGAAAUGAAAAACAUGAUUGUAAGGUAGACAGUUCCACAUGGAGCUCCUUGAUUUAAUUGACUGCUAGUUGAGUUUCUGCGAAUGUCUGUGACUGUAGGGAGAUUGUUUUAAUUUUGCCAAUAUUUUUUUGGAUUUAUACUCUCAUCAUCAAUCAACCCCUCCUCUCCCCUCUCCCUUCAUUGUCUAUUUAAAUGCAAAAGUCUUGAAGUCUGACCAAACUCAGUCCUUGAGUGAUGUAACACCAAUUGAAAUAGUGAGGUAUAUCUGUAUUAAAAGACAACUGUUGCUGUAACUGGUUUGUGUGCUUGAAUUUAUACUGUGUGUUUUUACAUGAAAUCUUUUUUGCUAACAUUUAUGUACUAUGUAUGAGAUUUUUUGCUGUUAAAUGUAUGGUAUUUUUUAUGGUAAAUAUUUGUAAUAAACAGCAGCAUCUAGUUUAUAUUAGAGUACUUUACGGAUAUAAAUAUAACUUACCAUUUUUGUUGUUAUUUGUUUUGCAAAUGUAUACAUUUUACUGUUAUUUAUUUGGAUUUCACAUAGCCCAGUCAAAAUAGAUUCAGAGACUCAGUCUAAUAAUGAAGCCUCAGAAACUCCAAUAUUUUGCUCAAUGACAUGUUUCAGUGUUGCUCUCUAUUAUUUGCAAUGUACAAACAUUGCUAGUCAUUACAAACGCCAUUUUCAAUUUGCUAUAUUAGUAUAAUUCAUCUGAGGGUCAUACUAGUCACUGAAACAGAAGUCAUUGUUAGGUGCAGGAUGGAAAAUUGUACUAAGUAAGUUGAGGUGCUGAUUUCCCACUGUAGAACAACAUUGUUUUGGAUUCAUUUUCAGUUAUGCAGGGUGUUUCACAACUCAUGUUACAAACUGCUAUAGGUUGUAUAUAGGACGUAGUAGAUCUAGUUUUACAUAAGAACCCAAGUCAGUAAACAUCAGCCAAUAAUACCAGAGAGUGUCAAAGUUAUAGGUUCCAAUGCCUGUAAAUAUAUGUAAUAUACAUGGUGAUCCUGUUUUGAUGUUACAAACUUUGUAGGAUGAUGGAGAAGAAUAAAUGUAUCAAGUUGAGAUAAGGGUCCCUGUACCAGAAACAAAUGAAAAGUUAUUAGUGAAAACUGUUCGGAUACCUCUGAGUGUGGAAUAUAUGUACAGGUAGUGUUGUUGCUAAGAUGUUUGGGCAGCAACUUUCAGAGUAUGGUCCAAAAAAAGAAAAAAAUGUAUAAUAAAUGUGCCCAUCUUAGAAAGUUUGUAACAUUAUCAUAGAAUCACCCUGUAUAUUCAUACAUUUACAGAUAUCAAAGCCUAUAACUUUGAUGCUCUGUAGCAUCAUACGGGCAUGGAUUCCUGUGUAAAACUUGAUGUGCUAAGUCCCCUGUGCAAACUCUAGAAGUGUGUAAGAUGAACUGUGAAACACCCUAUAUAUCUGAAGACAUCAAUGCAAUCUUUUGGUGAAAAUUUUGUUAGAUAUGCUGACAUAACAAGCACAUUUGUGCUUGUAGCUUAUCUCAUAAUUAGAAUUAAAAUAAAACAGAAUGUUCAUUACUUACUUCAGUGCCACUGCUGUGAACUGUUCAAGCUCCAGUGUACUAUCCUUAAACAGCUUUAAGCAAAGAUACCAGAGAGAUAAGAAAGUAACUGUAUGUAAAUAGAGUCUUAGGGCCUAAAACUUGUAGGUAAUAUUUUCAGAAGAAGGUCACUCCCAGUUGCAAUGUAUUCCACCUGAUGUUCUGUGUAAACAUUUAUUUUUAGAAUCUUGUGUCCUGUUGUAAGAUGAUCAAGUUGAGGUGUGGGAGUGAGUACAGUGCUUGCUUGUGAAAAAAAUCGAUAAAGUGUUUGUGACUUUGACUAUAUGUUGUGAAUAUGUUCAAAUAUUAUGCCAAAUAUAUAUUAUGUAAUCUACUCUAUCAAUCUGGAAAUGAAAAAUUUACCUAUUA